UCCGUGUUUGAGCCAUCUCGGUUCUCGUCUCUCCGAUUCAUCAUCCUCGCCUCUCUCUCUCUCAUUAGCAUCGUUGACAUCUCUCUCUGUCUCUCUCAUGGAUUCAUCCAAAGAGGUCUCAGUCGAGAUCUUCCCCUACAUCAGAGUCUACAGGGACGGCACCUUCGACCGCCUCGCCGGCUUUGAGAUAGCCCCGCCCGGCCUCGACCCCAAGACCCGAGUCGAGUCCAAGGACGUCCUCAUCUUCCCCGACACCGGCAUCUCCGCCCGAAUCUACCGCCCCUCCUCUGCCUUCGCCGCCAAGAAACUCCCCCUCGUCAUCUACUUCCACGGUGGGGCCUUCAUCAUUGCCACCAUCGCCGACCCCAAGUAUCACGCCAGCCUCAACGCCCUUGUCGCCGAGUCCAACGCCAUCGUCAUCUCGGUCGACUAUCGCCGAGUCCCUGAGCACCCUCUCCCCGCGGCCUAUGAUGACUCCUGGGCUGCUCUGCAGUGGAUUGCAUCCGAGGAAGCCCGGUGCGAGCCUUGGCUCAGGGACCAUGCCGACUUUGACAGGCUCUUCCUCGUAGGUGACAGCGGCGGCGCCAACAUGUCUCACCACUUGGCCAUGCGACUCAGGGAUGACAUACUGGGUGAGCGGGUCAAGCUCUCGGGGAUCGGGAUGAUACAACCGUACUUCUGGGGCGAGACACCGAUCGGAGGGGAGGUGGCGGACCCUGGUCGGAAGGCGUUGGUGGACAGCUGGUGGCGGUUCGUGUGCUUCUCAGACAAGGGGUGCGACGACCCGCUGAUCAACCCGUUCGCAGAUGGAUCCCCUGGCGUGGACGGGCUGGCGUGUGGGAAGGUGCUGGUGAUCGUGAGCGAGAAGGACAUACUGAGGGACAGAGGGAGGCUGUACUACGAGAAGCUGGUGGAGAGCGGUGGGGCGGUGCCGGCGGAGUUCAUGGAGAUCGAAGGCGAGGAUCAUGUGUUCCACAUCUUCGACCCGAGCUGCGAAAAGGCCAAGAGGCUGUUCAAACGCUUGGCCUCGUUCGUUAACAGUGACGGCGAUGAUCACAACAAGGAGAAUGCGGAGUGAAAGGUGCAUAAAACAAGAGAGAGAUGUUGAAAAGCAGAGGGCGUUUUCAAAGUUUCUUUAUUACUUUGCCUGAAGUUCGAUCGUUGUCGUCCCCUUGCCGGUUGUAAUGGUGGAAAAAAGUUAUGGUUGAUACAUUCUUGGCCCCAAUAAUUGAGGUUAGCUUUUGCAAAUUCCUGCUUAUUUGUAUAUCAUUUUCUUGUUACGGGUUUUACGUGCGUGUCAUGUUCUGGCUUUCGUAGCAAAGUUCGAGACUUGAGCUUUUAAUAAGUGAAGUUGGUGCAUAAAA